UGCCAUGGUGGGUAAGACCCAUGGCCCCCCAGAGCCCUGGAAUGUCUGCUCCCUGGGGCUCUUCUCUGGGGGUCUCCUGUACCCCCCCAAGAGGGGCUGGUCCCCACAGCUCUUCUACUGUCCAGUGCAGUGAGUCAGGCUCUUCCCAGUUCCUCUCAGUCUUCGACUUGCCCGUGUGCAGCCACUGCCUCUUGGAGGAAGGACAUGGGGCAUGUCCUGAGGGGCCCAGGCAGGUGUGAGAGUGCUGUGCCCAUGUCUCAGCUUUGCCUGUCCUCGGAGAGCAUGUUCUUCCCCUCUCAUCCCCCAGCUCUGAGCUCCCACAGGGACAGACAGGGCUGGUGCUGGGUGCCGUGUCCUCUCAUUGGAGAUCCUGAAUGGAGUCGAGAGAGGUGAUCUCCGGACCGGGGCUCAUUGUUGGCACCUCCCGAGCCCACCGCGUCCUCCCACAGAAGCCCUUGGGGGAUGGGGGCGAUAGGGCAGCCCCAGCUGGCACUCGCUGUCGGUGUCCCCAGAACCCACCGCCGCUUUUUGGGUCUGCAGGUCUUUCAGCGCAGGGGUGAGGUUGAGGGGUACGCGUGCCACGCCCCGCCGCAUCCCCGUGGCUGCGCUGUCACACACCGGGUCACACACGGUGUCCUCGCGCGCACACGAGUGCCAGGUGCCACAUGCCCGCACGUCUGGCGGUGCCGCCGCUGCGGUCACGCUCCUCACGCGCACGGGGCCGCGCGCUCCCCCGCGGCCCUCGCACGGCUCACCCCCGCGGCCCGGACCCUUCGGCGCUCGGCUACCCGCGCCUGGCCGGGCGGGGGCGGGGCCUGCAUACUGAUGAGCGCGCGGCCCCAUUGUGCGCGGCGGCGGGCCGACCCCGCCCCCGGCCCCGCCCCCCGCGGAGCUGCGGCCGCGCGCGGCUGAAGAUCCCGCGCAGCCUCCGCGCAGCCGCGCGCGCCCCGCGCCGCCAGGGCCAUCUUGGGCCGCCGCCGCGUGAUGGUUCAUUUGCAUACGAGGCUGUUCCUUGGCAACCAAGCACCAAUCAGCCGCCGGGAUCCCUCUCCGUGGUAACCACUGUCUGGGGUGUCAGCAACCCCUCCCAGAGCCAGGUUUUUGGCAGCCCCAUGGGCCCUGGGGGAAGCAGCUCCAGCACCCCACUGCUGCCUGGCAUGGCAGGCACCAGCUCAGGCAUGAGCUCCCCACCAUUCCUGCCACAGCAGCCCUUUGCUGAGGGGGCACCAGGGAAGGGCUAUGUGCAGCCCAGUGUCUAUGGGCGCAACACCUACCCCAGUGGGCCAGGCUUCGCUGCCAGCUACAAUGGUGGCCCGAGUGGCCCUGGAGGGAUGGGGCUCCCCUCGCACGCCAGCCGGGCCACUGCUGAUUUCACCCAGGCAGCAGCAGCUGCUGCUGUGGCUGCUGCUGCUGCCACAGCCACGGCCACAGCCACGGCGACGGUGGCGGCACUGCAGGAGAAACAGAGCCAGGAGCUGAGCCAGUACGGUGCGAUGGGCACAGGGCAGUCUUUCAGCAGCCAGUUCCUGCCCCAUGCUGGACCCCGUGGCCCCAACAGCAUGAGCCCAGCUGGCAUGGCAGGUGUUGUGGCCCCUUCUGGUGUCUCCCCUGUGAGCAUGAGCCCAGUGCGGGCGCCCGGGACUGGCCCCCUCUAUGGUGGGCAGCGAGUGCCUCAGCACACCUACCCUGGACCUCCCCAGAGCCAGCAGCUGCCCCGCCAGGGCCUCAAGCGGGCGUACUCCAACGAGGGGUACCCACCGCAGCAGUACCUCCAGGGCGGGCAGUACGCUGCAGCUGGUGCCCAGUAUGCCCCCAGCGCCCCCCAGUCCUCCGCUCCGUCCCCCUCAUACCCUGGCCACAGGCUGCAGCAGAGCGUGGGCCAGUACCUCUCCGCUUCAGGCAGUGCUGGACCCUAUUACAAGCCAGCUGACCAGUUCAAUGGGCAGAGCACCAGCUUCAGCACCUACAGCCAAGCAGCCAUCAAUGGGCCGGGCCGGUCACUGCCGGGCUACCCCAGCUCGCCGCUGGCCGGGAACCCCACGCCGCCCAUGACACCAGGCAGUGGCAUCCCCACCUAUGCGUCCCCUGGGCAGGAUGUCAAGUCGCCCUUCCUGGCAGACAUGAAGCCCAGCGUUGCCCCCCUGCACCCAUCCCCUUCAGGGCCGGCCCCCGGCGAGGAGUUGCGGCUAACCUUCCCGGUGCGGGACGGCGUGGUGUUGGAGCCCUUCCGCCUGCAGCACAACCUGGCUGUCAGCAACCACGUCUUCCAGCUCCGUGACUCUGUCUACAAGACCCUCAUGAUGAGGCCUGACCUGGAGCUGCAGUUCAAGUGCUACCACCACGAGGACCGGCAGAUGAACACCAACUGGCCGGCCUCCGUGCAGGUGAGCGUCAACGCCACGCCGCUCACCAUCGAGCGUGGUGACAACAAGACCUCCCACAAGCCACUCUACCUGAAGCACGUCUGCCAGCCUGGCAGAAACACUAUCCAGAUCACUGUCACCGCCUGCUGCUGUUCCCACCUGUUCGUCCUGCAGCUGGUGCACCGGCCCUCGGUGCGCUCAGUGCUGCAGGGGCUCAUCAAGAAGCGCCUGCUCCCCGCUGAGCACUGCAUCACCAAAAUCAAGCGCAACUUCAGCAGUGGGACCAUCCCGGGGACACCAGGGCCCAAUGGUGAGGAUGGCGUGGAGCAGACGGCCAUCAAGGUGUCCCUCAAGUGCCCUAUCACCUUCCGGAGGAUCCAGCUUCCAGCCAGGGGUCAUGACUGCCGGCACAUACAGUGCUUUGACCUGGAGUCAUACCUGCAGCUCAACUGCGAGAGGGGUACAUGGCGGUGUCCUGUCUGCAAUAAGACGGCCCUGCUGGAGGGGCUGGAGGUUGACCAGUACAUGCUGGGCAUCCUGAUCUACAUCCAGAAUUCAGAGCAUGAGGAGAUCACCAUCGACCCGACCUGCAGCUGGAAACCUGUCCCUAUCAAACCUGAUGUUCACAUCAAGGAGGAGCCGGAGGGGCCAGCGCUGAAGCGGUGCCGGACACUCAGUCCUGCACACAUGGUGCUGCCCAACAUCAUGGAGAUGAUUGCGGCCCUGGGGCCUGGCUCUGUGCCCUUCCCAGCAUUGUCACAACCUCCAGUGGGGGCUGCCACCGACUACGGCACCCCGGGUUCCAGCUUUCUGGGUCCUGGGGGCUUCCCAGAGCCUUUUGCUGCCCCUGGUGUCCCUGGCCCCUCAACGCUGAGUGACUUCACACCAGGCCCCUCCUCCAUCUCCUACCAGCCCAACAUCCCAGGCAGCCUUCUGGCCCCUGAGAAGCCUCCUGUGCCCCCUCUGUCUGCACAGGUCAGCUGGCCUAUAGGUGGAGGGACUCCCCCCAAGCCCUCAUGUCUCACUCUGGAUGGGCUGGGGGUCCCGGGGGAGGGAGUGUCUCAUGGCUGUACUCUUUCCCCGCACUCCCCAGCUUCCCCCAGUGGGACGAAUGGAGCCGUCCCACCCCGCCGUGCAGACAGGGUUGCACAGCGCUCCCUCGGGCAGCCAGCCCAGCUCCACGCUGCACUCCCGGGGUGCAGGGGUACGGCCGCCCCUGGGAGCCCCGGCCCACACCGCCGACCUCGUCUUCCCCCCCGCAUCCAGCAUGGCCGCGGCGGGCGAUGGCUCCGAGGCUGCCCUCGACCAGCAGCAACGAUGACCUCCUGUCUCUCUUCGAGAAUAACUGAGCCAUCCUUGCCCCCCUCCCGGGGCUGGGGGGCAGCACUGUGUGCCCCUGCCCGCUGCAGAGCUGGGACCCCCCACAGUGGGGGCUUUCUCAAAGGGCUGCGAUGGGACAGAGGGGCUGAGCCCCCCCAGAAGCACAAGGCUGUACAUAGUGUAGAAACACUACUGCUCCCCCGAGACUCCCCAUAUUUAAAGGCAAGUGCGUCACUGCGGGGCUGCCCGUGCCCCCCUAUCAAUGUGCAAAUGCUGCUGCCCCUUUUACCGCACGGGUCUGGCAUGGGGCGUGGAGCUCAGCUCCCCCUGCCCCGCGCCGAGCUGCCCUGUAUGUCCUCGAUGGCUAUUAAAGGAUCCUUCUGCAGGGUCACGCGUGUCCCCCAUCUUUUGUCAUCCCGCGGCCCCGCCACUUCUCUGAGCGCGCAGGGGAGGCCCUCGGGUGGCGGGAGGAUCCAGGCCUCUGUCCGGGCAGAGGGGGGAGGUGUGUCUCGAGUAGCGAGGGAAUCCUGCCCUAUCGCCGAGCAGCGGCGGCCGGGCCGGGCGGUGAACCGGACCUGUGGCGUCAAUCAUUAACUGGGGCCGGCUGGGCGGUGCUGCAGUCCAACGGCGGAGGAGGGCAAUCGGGUGUCUCCGCACGUCGGGCGGUGGGCG